AUGGCUUGUACACUUCGCCAUGGCCUCCGUCUCUCGCCUAGAAUACGAAACUCUUCGUUGAAUCAAUCUCUGGCUGUCCGUGGACGGUUCGCGCGCAGUCAACACACAUCAACCAAUAUUUCCAAUGCUCCCGUCAAGGCGAAACGCAGCUCUCUCCGAGGCAUCGCAGCAUCGAUCUUCUUCUUUGGCACCGGCUGGGCCUUGAACUCGCAUUACAAAUUCAUACCCUUCUCGUCGCCGCAGCCCCUCAACGACCUGACCUUUACGCCUUUCGCCCUGAAACACAAAGACAUGAUUUCGCCCACCAGCGCCAUCUUCACUCUGUCGCAAUCACAUAUUCCGCCUGGCACUUUUGACGACUGGUGGAAGAAGGGAGUCUGGAGUAUUGAGAUCAAGCAGCCUCAACUCCAGAUUGCAAGAGCAUACACCCCGUUACCGCCACUCGAUGGCUCCGACCCGGAUGCUCUGCGUCUGCUGGUCCGCCGCGAGCAGAGGGGCGAGGUGUCUGGAUAUCUGCAUAGACGCUCUCAAGGCGCUGAUGUCGAAGUCAGAGGCCCUGCGACAGAGUACAAACUGCCAGAAAAUGUCGACCAAGUCGUCUUCCUAGCUGGAGGCACUGGCGUCGCACCCGCGAUUCAGGUAGCAUACGCUCUAGGCCACAAGGCUCGCAUUGCUGUCUUGUGGGCAAGCAGAUCAAGAGAAGACUGUCUUGGUGGACAGAGCGAUGACCCAGUCACACCUGGCUGGUACGCUUCCUUCACCAGCCUCUUUUCCAACACUCAGCACCACACUGCUGUGUCUGGCGACGAGAAGGGCUUGAUCGUAAGACAACUAGAUGCCCUCAAACGGGACAACAAAGCACUCACCGUCGACUACUUUGUCGAUGAAGAAAGCACCUAUAUUUCUACGCAGAAUGUGCGCAAUGCCGUCGCUCGAUUCCCAAAUCAAUCUACGACUCAUGGUCAAGGCAAGAAGAUCGUCCUUGUGUCAGGGCCUGAGGGCUUCAUCAAUUACUGGGCUGGUCCCAAGCAGUGGCUGAAUGGUCGAGAAGUUCAAGGUCCUCUGGGUGGUGCACUUGCACACAUGGACCUCAAAGGCUGGCAAGUUGUCAAGCUAUAG